AUUUUAUCACUUGUUAUGUCUGUGCAGGUUUGCAAGUGUUGUUUUUUGAACUUUUUUAAGAUACUAAAGAACAGUUUUACCAGUUUGAUUUAAACAGAUAUAUAUUUAGACUUGUGGUUUCUGUAACAGAAAUGAUGGUAAAGGGGCAUAAUAACUCUGAACUUUUUUCAUUGAGAACUUUAAGAAUAAUGUAUCGCAAAUUAUCUGCGAGAACUAAACUUGGUGUCGUUAUUGGUUUUAUCAUAUUAUGGUUUGUAUAUCGACGAUUUUAUUACAGUCACAGCAUAAAUAUGGCUGAACCAAAACCAAUCAUAGAUGGUAGCCAAGGUAUACAUACCGGUAGUCAAGGACUCCAUUUUAAAAACAGACGUUUUAUAUUGGAUGGUAAACCAUUAUGGAUUAUAAGUGGCGCUAUGCAUUAUUUUCGUGUUGUGCCGGAAUAUUGGAAAGAUCGAAUGUUAAAGAUGAAGGCCGGUGGUCUAAAUACUUUAGAAACAUAUGUUUCAUGGAAUGUACAUGAGCCGCUACCAGGCAUGUUUGAUUUUGAGGGAAUAUUGAAUCUCAGGAAAUACAUAGAAUUAGCACAAGAAAUAGGAUUGUAUGUGAUUUUCCGACCAGGUCCAUUUAUUUGCUCUGAGUGGGAUUUCGGUGGAAUGCCCAGCUGGUUAUUGAAAGAUCCUGCUAUGAAAGUUCGAUCAACUUAUGGACCAUAUCAAGCUGCUGUUAAAAGAUUUUUUGGAAAAUUGCUUCCAAUGGUGGAAGACCUACAGUAUUCGAAAGGUGGACCUAUUAUAGCUGUACAAGUGGAGAAUGAAUUUGGUUCUUACAGUAGAGAAGUUGAACAUUUAAAGUUCAUAGCUGAAACUCUGCGUCACUAUGGUAUCCAAGAACUACUGGUCACAUCUGAUAAUGAACAAGGGCAGAGUCAAGCACCAUUUUACCAUGUGGCGCUACCAACCGUUAAUUUUAAAGAAAUGACGGACACUAGUUUUAAAGAUAUUAAAGAGUGGAGUCCUGAUUACCCAUUAAUGGUAAUGGAAUAUUGGAGUGGAUGGUUUGACCAUUGGGGUACAGAACAUCAUACAGAAACCGUUGAGUUUCAUGGUAACAUUGUUAGUAGUUUAUUAAAAGAAAAUAUAAAUAUCAACUUCUAUAUGUAUCAUGGUGGAACAAACUUUGGUUUUAUGGCUGGUGCCAAUAAUUUUGGCUCUUAUAAAGCUGAUGUCACAAGUUAUGAUUACGACGCUCCGAUAUCAGAAGCAGGGGACGUAACUCCUAAAUAUAUUAAAACAAGAGAGUUAAUAUUACAAUAUGUAUUAAAGCCACAAGGAAUAACAAAUCUGCCGGAGCCUCCACCAUCUAUACCUAAAGCAGCAUAUGGAAAAGUGACGAUUUUGAAUUACCUGCCAUGGACCGAUGUUCUUCAGUUUGUUGAGGAAAGUGUUAACAAUCCUGAUGUUUUACCAAUGGAAAUGUUGACAUUAAAGUCAGGUUAUGGACAGUCAUAUGGUUUUAUUGUUUAUCAGAAGAAUAUCAACAGCGGAGGUAAUCUGGUUUUACCCUUGCCCAUUAAGGACAGAGCUCAGGUAUUGUUGAAUAGUGAAGAAGUAGGAAUUGUAGAACCUAAUGCUAAUAGUGCAUCUAUCAGACUAGCUACAGCACAGAGUCUAAAUGUAUUAGAUAUAGUGGUGGAGAAUCUAGGAAGAGUUAAUUAUAUCACUCAAGGAUCAAAUUUACUCAAUGAAGAGAGAAAAGGCUUGUCAGGAACAGUAACUCUGAAUGAACUUCCUGUAAAAGACUGGAAAAUAUAUCCUUUAGAUUUUAAUAAAGAUUUCAUUAAAAGGUUAUCAUCAAGUACAAAAUGGUUACAAUUUGGUGGAGUAGUUAGUCGUCCAGCUGUUUAUAAAACUAGCAUGGUUAUCAACGGUCAACCAACAGAUACAUUCCUUAAUAUGAUGGGUUGGAAGAAAGGAAUAGUGAUUAUAAAUGGGUUUAAUUUAGGCAGGUAUUGGGAUAUUGGUCCCCAGAAAACUUUAUACGUUCCUGGACCAAUUCUUAAAUCGGGUGUAAAUGAGAUUAUUAUAUUUGAGCAGCAUCAUGGCCAGGGUCACAUCAUCUUCCAGUCAACGCAUGAUUUGGGUCCUGUUAAAUCCAAUUAAUCUUGUGGGGUGUCCAGGACAUGUCAAUGUGAGUUGAAGGUGAAGGUUGUUACACUGAAUUGAUCUAAAAUCCCCUCUGAAAUCGUUUUCACUGCAGUAGUUUAUAAUUGAAUUAUGAUACUAAGUUUGUUAACCAUUUAAGUGUGUAAUCAUUCAAACAAAUCUUAUAAGAAAAUAAACGAUUAAUUAUAAAAAAAUACUCAAAAAAGUAGUUGAAAAAAUGUAUAUUGGUUUUAUUUUUUAAAUUGCUAGAGGGAUUGUGAGCUUUUACAGCAACUGUUAUCAAAUAAUAUUGUCAGCUUUACAAUGGUUUAUUUAAUUAAUAUUUGUCUAGUAUAGUUUAUAUUCUGAGUGUUUCUUUAUAAAUAUGCCUUCAAAUUAUUUAACAAUUGAAUGUGAUUGGUUUCUUGUAAAUAAAUCUGAUUUAUAUUAAAUAUCAUUUUCACAUUGUCACAGUUUUAGCUAGCAGACUAUUUCAUACUAUUUAGAUGGAUAGUAGGGUGAGGGUCCCCGGGUACAGCAGGUAUGAAAGAGUGCAUAGUUUCCUUUGGGCUGUGGCCUAUAAUACCUGUUAAUCACUAAUUAUAUGCCCUCACCCUUUUUUCAAAUUUAUAUAUCUGCUCAAAUAUAAGCGACAUAAAAAUUAGGCUUUUUUAUAACACUCAUUGGGUAUAAUUAUUGAAUAUUUUUCAUUUUAUUGCUUUUUUUUCUGCCUUAUAUUAAUCAUAAAUUUAUGAUAUGAAUGGUUAUAAAACUUAAGGUGAAUGAGCCAUAAAAAGACAUGUCAAACAAUUCAUUUGAAAUAAUGUUUGUCAAUCUAACUAAAGUUUUACCAACCAUCUUAUUUUUCACUCAACUUCAUGUCGAUUUAAAAACUUGAAAAUCUUUGGUCAGGCUCAAAUUGUGGUUGGUCGAUUCAUAUGAACUGAUUAAUCUAAACCUCUGAAAAAGACAAUUCUGCAAACUGUUUUAAAGGCUUUGAUAAUUAAGACAUUGGAUUGGUUAUGGAAUCAAGAUCAAGGUAUCAAUAUGCCGUCACCAUUAGGUAUUAAUGAAGUGACCAACCAGAAUACAUGAACAAAAAUAACACCUGGUUUUAAUUAGGUUGAAUGUUUGUAUCAUAUUUUGUUAUAUUUUGUUUAUUGUUGUUUUUAAUAUGUUAAUGAAAUCCAGUAUUAAAGGUAGGCCUAUUCACAUUCUUCAUACCGGUCACCAUAUGUUUGGCACAAUAUGGCCCGGUUGGAGCUGACGUCCCAUAAAACUCCAUUUCAUUCAUUCCAUUCAUUCUAUAUACCGGUAACCAUAAUAAUCCAAUCUAAAAACCUUGAUGUAGGUGAAAAUAAAGUAAUGAAUAAGUUUGAUCUUAUGUAUUAUUGCAGUUAGUGAUAGAUGACAGAACAUUAAGGGUUGAUGUGUCAUUUUAUCAACAAAAUGUUUUUCUAGAUAUAUUAUUGAGCAAGGUAUAAAGUUAGAUAAUAUGAAUAUCACAAUGUAUUAACACUGGUAUUUUAUUAUUCUUUAAAUAACCUCUUCUGAAAACAAAAAAUAAUAUAAAGUAUUUCCCGGUACAGGAAAACAACAUUAUAAUAUCUAUUAAAGUCACUGAUAAGCAUUUACAUUUUUUGGAUAAAAUGUUUGUCAAAUUGAUAAGUUAACACUGAAUUAAAAGUCCUGAUGUACAAUUUUAAGCAAUGGGAAUCACUUGCAAAUUACGAUGUUGUAAAAGAUGACUCUCUAAUGGGAAAUAGUUUAAUUUAGUUCAAUAGUUACAACAGAGAUGUGAAGAAUUGAAAUUUCAUUGAUCUAUGUUACUCGAUAUGUACCAGUAAUAACCCUGCCACCAUUUUACUCUCCGUGAAAUUUAUUGAUAGGUCUGUUUUAAAUCCAAUUGAAUCCAAAUCCGAUUGAAUCCAUGCCGGGACAUUAUCUAGCGUUCGUAUUUUGAUUUUGUUUUCUUAAUUAAAUGUUAAAUAAUCAAACUGAGUACAUUUUAACGUAGAUUAAGCACUGAGAAAUUUGAUAUUUUACCAAAAAUAAGUAAAUAAUAAAUACAUCGUUACUUCAAGUAGAAGUCAGUUUGUUUACUGCUUAGAAUUUCGCUUUUGGUCACAAAAUCAUUGACAUCUUAAUAUCGCCUUUUAACACAACUCAAUGAGGUCUCUUAUUAGUGCUAUAUAGUCUGUCAAAGAUUACAAAUUUAUUCCUUUCAAUUCAAGGAAUUUCUUAUUAAUAUGUAGGCCAGAAGGUUUUGCUUCUACAAAAUUAACAACUUGGACAAUUUUCUUGAAUUUGCUGCACACACAGUAGGAUUCAUUUUUGUUAUUGUUACCAUGUUUUUGUUAGCUUUCUUGCAUAUACUUGUUAUUUUUAUAAUCUAUGUAUGUAGUUAGUUCUGUAUGUAUAUAUAUAUUACAUGGAAAUUUAAUAAUGUAUUUAUAUAUUGAUAGGAGGGAAAUUACAUAUUGUUUUUUUUUACUUUAAUAAUGUAUAUAUUUAUGGGAUGGAAAUUAAAAAAAAAAAUUUAUAAA